GUUUCGCCAGUUUUCGUGCUCACCUCAGCAGCCAUGGCCAUUUCUCCUGAGCUGCAGGCCUCGCUUGAGGUAAUGUUCGAGAAGCAGAAGAACUGCAUCCGCGAGGUGGUCCAGCAGGAGAUUCAGACGGCGGCGCCAGGUUUGCAGGGGCAGAUCUCCACGCAGGGAGCCGAACUGAGUGCAUUCCGAGCCGACCUCCAGAAGCGCAGCGAGCGACUGACGGCGCUCGAAACCAAUGGCAGCACGACAGGGAGCACACGGACUGCACACAGCUACCAGUCUUCGUUGAUGAGCGGUCCUUCAGUUCGACAGUUUCACGGAGACAAAUCUAGGAGAGUGACGCCAGUGAUCGACCUCGAGAGCGACCCUUGCAUCCGUUUCGCGGGCACAUUCCCGAGGCCGUUGCCGAUGAAGACGCGCCUAGCCCACUGGCGCCAGAUGCAGGAGCACUACCCCGAGCUCAAGGACGACGAGCGGGUGACCGCCGUCUUCCACGGGGUGAGCCAGGUCUACAAGCUGAAGUUCGUCAACGAAGAUGACGCGAGGAGCUUCCAGACCAAGAUGAACGACGUGAACAUGGAGUGGGUGGACUUCCGCGACGGCAAGAAGUACCCGCUCAGAAAGAAGAGGGCCUUCUCGGGGCUCUACUGCGACGUGCUCACGAAGUUGCAGGCCAGUCGUUCGUGGACGGGCAGGUGCAAACUAGGUGUCAACGGGCGCAAAGGGGUCUUGCAGGUGGUAAGGGGCGACGACGUCCACGAACUAGAGCAGGCAGCGCAGCAGGGAGAGGGCACCUUCAAGCUAGAGCCGAUCUACCCGAGCUUGCUGCGCUUGAAUAUCACGAAGGACGUGAUCGAUGAGCUCAUCGCCGCUCUUUGA